GGAUAGACUUUUCUGUCUCUCUCGGAGCUCCUUGUGCCUAAACAAUAGAACUCUCUGUUGCUUCAUAUUUCAAGAAAAUAACAAACUUUUGUAUCCUUACUUGAUUCUUCCUCGUGUUCCUUUUUCCUUCUUCAUCACCCCGUUAGCCUCUACUAAUGGAAAACUUCAAGUGCUUCUCAGGUUCUGAAGGUUGCAGUAGCAGUGAAUCUGGUUGGACAAUUUACAUUUCCUCUCCCAUGCAAGAAGAUGCAGAAAGCAGUCAGGAAAAUGAUGAUAACAACAAUCAUUAUAGAAACUACAGUUACAAUGAUGAUCGGAAGGAGAGCAGUGAUGAUUCAAUGGCUUCUGAUGCUUCUUCAGGCCCAAGUCAUCAACAACAUAAGUUUAAGAAUGGUCGAGACAGCCACAGCAAUUCCCGUCUCAAGAAUGACAAAGGGGAUUAUUCAAACAAAUGUCCUUCUCGUAAGGAGGCAAAGAAACAGGAGAAAAGGGGCUUUGACAGUGGCAACAAAAAUAAAGGAAGAUUCAGCAGUCGGGAAAAGAACCACAAGUAAUCCAGUCUAAAGCAGGAAAGGUUAGUAGAAAUUCACCGAGACAGGCUGACAAAUGUGUCUUCUUUCCAACAACAGAAUCAUAAAUGUAUCUUCAUUCUUUACCUCCUCAGAAGUGAUAUAAUACAAGAUCAUUAUGAUU